AAACCCUAUAACCCUACCGUCUUCUUCUCCCCUUUUCAACCCCAAGAGAGGAGAGAGAAUUGGCAAAUCAAAACAAAAAAAACCCUAAGAAUGGCAGCCACAGCACCAGCCGCCGCAGUGCACUCAGUGCAAUGUUUCGGUCGCAAGAAGACCGCCGUCGCCGUCACCUACUGCAAAACCGGUCGUGGCCUAAUCAAGAUCAACGGUACACCAAUCGAGCUUGUUCAACCUGAGAUCCUCCGUUACAAGGUGUUCGAGCCUAUCCUUCUUUUGGGUCGCUCCAAGUUCAAUGGUGUUGAUAUGCGGAUCAGAGUCAAAGGAGGUGGACACACUUCUCAGAUCUACGCCAUUCGACAAAGCAUCGCUAAAGCACUUGUUGCGUAUUACCAGAAAUUCGUUGAUGAACAACAAAAGAAGGAGAUUAAGGACAUUUUGGUGAGGUAUGAUCGUACUUUACUUGUUGCUGAUCCUCGUCGUUGUGAGCCUAAGAAGUUUGGUGGACGUGGUGCUCGUGCUAGGUUCCAGAAAUCUUACCGUUAAGUUAAAUCAACAGGGGAGAGAGAAGAGAAAAACAGUUUUAAUGUUUGCUGCUUUUUGUUCUUUAGGUUUUCAUAUGGAUUAUUAUUUAUUAGUGGUUUUAAGAUGAUGAAUCAUCAGAUUUUUGGUUUAGUAACUACUUAAAUGUUUUGACUUGCGGAUUUGAGUUGUUUCUCAUGUCAUGUUUAAUGUUAUUUUAUGCAUGCUUCUUUUUUAAGUAUGCAAGUGUUUAA